AUGAGUGAUAGCUCAACCAGUGUCUAUACAAGAAGGUCAGCAAGAAUUCAGCUGGCCUCACAAUCAAAUAUGCAAACUCAAUUAAAAAGUCAAAGAAAUAAUUCCAUUAAAAAAGUUGAUAAAACAACAGCAUCAUUUACAUCAAAAGAUUCAUUAAAUACAAAAAGCAACACUAAGGACAACAGUGAUAUUAAAGAAAUGGAAGUUACGGUUAUGAUAGAACAACCUGAAGUAAUAAUGAACAGUGGCAAUGGUAAAGGUAAAGAAAAACAAAGUGACAUCGAUGAAUCGACAACUGAUAUCGAAAAAAAUAAUGGGAACGUGUGGACUGAAGUAACUAAUAAAAAGAAAAAGGCAAAAUAUACAAAUAAUACAGCAUUAAAUUCUAAUAUAAUAGAAGAUAAAGAAUCAGUGGCAUCAUAUGAAACUGACAAUAGUUUUCAUUCAGACUGA